CAGAUGACCCCACUUUUAAUGUAAACAAGCCGAGGAGAGCGGAAGGUUAAAAAAAAAAACUUCACCAUGCCACACCCACUGCCUGCGCCUGCGUAUAUCCCAUCAGUGGCCGCUAGGGGCGCCAUGCACCGGAAGCAGUUUCCUGUUAGCCCGUCAGAGCUCCCAUCUCCAAAGCCUGACAUUGCGAAGAUGAAGACUGUUGGGGUUUAGACCGGGAAGAGGGAGCUCACACCGGGACUUUCAGAGUCUUGUUAUGGAAACGUUUCCCGUAGGUCCAGGUGGAGGCAGGAGGUGCAUGUAGAGAGCAUUAGAAAUCAGCAGUAUGUACUCGGAGUGGCGCUCGCUGCAGCUGGUGGUGCAGAGUGAUCAGGGCCACAUCAGCGUGCUGCAUACCUACCCAAACAAUGUUGGCACCGAAGUGGCAAACGCCGUGGUGAAGCCUCUGGGCACAGCGGUCAGCCCUGUGGCCACAGAGAACAUCCUCAAGACAGACAAGGAGGUGAAAUGGACUAUGGAGGUGCUGUGCUAUGGCUUGACCCUCCCAUUAGAAGGAGACACUGUCAAGCUUUGUGUGGAUGUAUACACUGACUGGAUGAUGGCUCUGGUGUCACCCAGAGACUCCAUGCCACAACCUGUGGUCAAGGAGCCCAAUAUGUAUGUGCAGACCAUUCUGAAACAUCUGUACAAUGUCUUUGUUCCAAGGCCUGAACAACACAGUCUGAACCACAUCAGACUUUGCCAGCAGGUUCUGACUGCGGUCCAGAAGCUGGCCCGAGAGUCCGUUUCUAUGGUCAGGGAAACCUGGGAGGUGUUGUUGCUUUUUCUACUCCGGAUCAAUGACACACUGCUGGCUCCGCCCACGGUUGGAGUGGGCGUGGCAGAGAAACUGGCAGAAAAGUUAAUGGCUGUGUUGUUUGAAGUGUGGUUACUGGCGUGUGCUCGCUGUUUUCCCACUCCGCCGUACUGGAAGACGGCGAAGGAAAUGCUGGCGAACUGGAGACACCACCCUCCUGUCGUUGAGCAGUGGAGCAGGGUGGCCUGCGCUCUGACGUCCAGACUGCUGCGGUUCACCCACGGACCAUCCUUUCCAGCUUUUAAGGUCCCAGAUGAAGAUGCCAACUUGAUUCCAGUAGAGAUGGACAACGACUGCGUGGCUCAGACGUGGUAUCGAUUUCUGCACAUGAUCAGCAACCCUGUGGACCUGAGCAACCCCGCCAUCGUCAGCACCACUCCAAAGUUUCAGGAACAGUUUCUCAGCCCGAGUGGGAUCCCCCACGAAGUGGUUUUGCACCCCUGUUUAAAGCAGCUCCCCCAGAUCUUCUUUAGGGCUAUGAGGGGGGUCAGCUGCCUUGUUGAUGCCUUCUUGGGUGUCUCUGUUGAAAAGAGAGAUGUACGCGACAGAGUGUUCACUUUUUUCCCACUGCAGCUCUCUCAUGGGAUAUCGCGACCACGGGCUGACAGUGCCCCGCCCACUCCUGUUAACAGACUGAGUGUGUCCCCGCCCCCCUCCAUUGCCAACACUACACCCCCACACAGCCGCAAGCAGCGACAUGUGGCAGUCACCAAAACUACGAGCAAGAGUUCAUCUAGCAGUGUGAGUCAAUCUACCAAAGCAACCCAGCAGCAGCAGCACCAAUCUUCCUCCCCGACCCUGCUUUCCAGCCCCAACCAGAGCGGCUGGGAGUCCCGGCCGCUGCCCGCCCCGGCCCGGCCCAAAGUCAACAGCAUCCUGAACCUGUUUGGUCAGUGGCUUUUUGAUGCUGCCCUGGUCCACUGUAAGCUGCACAGCGGCCUCAGCAGAGACAGCAGCAUGACCGCGAUAACCACUCAGCUGGGUUUGGACCUGAGAAGGAAAGGUUCUCAGAUGUCGACCGACUCCAUGGUGCCAAACCCUUUGUUUGAUAUCAAUGAGUUCCCAGAGAGCUACGAGGCCGGACGAGCGGAGGCCUGCGGCACGCUCUGUCGCAUCUUCUGUAGCAAGAAAACUGGAGAAGAUAUUCUGUCCGUCUACCUGUCCAGGUUCUACAUGGUCCUGAUUCAGGGUCUCCAGAUAUCAGAUUUUAUCUGUAGACCAGUUCUGGCUUCCAUCAUCCUCAACUCUUCAUCUCUGUUCUGCACUGAUUUGAAGGGCAUCAAUGUGGUGGUUCCCUAUUUCAUAGCCGCUCUGGAAACUAUUGUUCCAGACAGGGAACUGUCCAAGUUUAAGAUGUAUGUAAAUCCUACUGACUUGAGGAGAGCCUCCAUCAACAUCCUCCUGGCCAUGCUGCCUCUGCCGCACCACUUUGGGAACAUCAAGUCUGAGGUUCUGUUGGAGGGGAAGUUUAACGAGGAGGACGGCUGUCCGCAUGACCAGCCCGUGUCCUUCCUGUCGCUGAGACUCCGCCUGGUCAACGUUCUCAUCGGAGCACUGCAGACAGAGACAGACCCCACCAACACUCAGCUCAUUCUAGGUGCAAUGCUGAAUAUCGUUCAGGACUCGGCUCUGUUGGAGUCCAUCGGUGCACAGACAGAAACGGGCAGCGUCGAUGGAAGUCACGUGACGCUGCGGAAUCAGAGCCACAGUCGCAACAGUAGCAUCAGCUUCAACAGUGGGGGCAGCACAGAGGCCACCAGUCCAGACUGUGAACGUCCUGCACAGGCGCUGCUCAGAGACUAUGCUCUUCCAGAUACUGCGGCAGGCCUGUUGGUGCGCAGCAUCCACCUGGUCACUCAGAGACUGAAUUCCCAGUGGAGGCAGGACAUGAGCAUCUCACUGGCUGCCCUGGAGCUGCUGGCCGGCCUCGCAAAGGUGAAGGUGGGAGUGGACUCUGCAGAAUGGAGGCGUGCCGUCAGCUCCAUAUGUGGUUACAUCGUGUACCAGUGCAGCCGUCCAGCUCCUCUUCAGUCCAGAGACCUGCACUCCAUGAUCGUAGCUGCUUUCCAGUUUCUCUGUGUGUGGAUCACAGAGCACCCUGACAUGCUGGAUGAGAAGGAGUGUUUGGUAGAAGUUUUGGAGAUCGUGGAACUCGGGAUCUCCGGCAGCAAAUCCCGUCAGGAUCAUGAAGUUCGUCAUAAAGGGGAGAAGGAGCACAAUCCAGCUUCCAUGAGGGUGAAGGAUGCAGCAGAGGCCACACUGUCCUGUAUCAUGCAGGUGUUAGGGGCCUUCCCGUCUCCCAGUGGGCCGGCGUCCACCUGCAGCCUGCUGAACGAAGACACCCUGAUCCGCUACGCCAGGUUAAGCUCCACAGGAGCCAGCAACUUCCGCUACUUUGUCCUGGACAACUCCGUCAUCCUGGCAAUGCUGGAGCAGCCGCUUGGCAAUGAGCAAAACCCCAGCCCAUCGGUUACCGUUUUGAUCCGAGGGACCGCUGGAAGACAUGCCUGGACCAUGCAGCUCUUCCACCAGCCCAGAGGAGCCCGGGCCAAUCAGAGGCAGGUGUUUGUCCCUGAGGGCCGUCCAGCGCCCAACAACAACGUGGGCAUCAGGUACAACGUCAAGCAGAGGCCUUUUCCUGAGGAGGUGGAUAAGAUCCCUCUCGUGAAAGCGGACGUCAGCAUUCCGGACCUGGAUGAUAUUGUCAGUAAGGAGGUGGGUUGCAUGGAUUGGCUGAAUGAUUCACGAGCCUCAAGCUCGCUGAUGUAUAACCACUCCCACCUGGGCAUUCAGCACGACAAGCUCCGAGCUCUGAUAUCCAAGCAGAUAGAGUAUGAGACCAGCUUGGAGCGACACAGCGAGGAAAUUGUGAAGUCCAAGCCUUUCCCAGACCCACAGACGGACUGCAAACCCCCGUGUCCGGCUCAGGAGUUCCAGACGGCGCGCCUCUUCCUCUCACACUUUGGCUUCCUUUCUCUGGAGGCCCUGAAGGAGCCCAACAACAGUCGUCUGCCUCCUCAUCUGAUUGGUCUGGACUCGUCUGUGCCGGGGUUUUUUGACGAUGUGAACUACCUUGACCUGCUGCCCUGCAGACCCUUUGACACAGUUUUCAUUUUCUAUGUGAGAGCUGGACAGAAAAGCAGCCACGAGAUUCUGAGGAAUGUGGAGUCAUCGGCGAGUGUCCAGCCACAUUUUUUGGAGUUCCUGAUGUCCCUGGGCUGGCCUGUGGAUGUGGGACACCACCCAGGAUGGACAGGGCAUCUUGAUACCAGCUGGUCACUAAAUUUCUGCUCUGAUAGCAAUGAUUUACCGCAAACAGAGGAAGCAGUGUCUCCUGAGGACUCCGGUGGCUCCGUUUUUAAUGGAGAGAAGAAAGUUUUGUAUUAUGCUGAUGCCCUGACUGAAAUUGCCUUCGUUGUGCCCUCUUUAACGGAAAAUUCUGAGGAGUCGUCUGUUCACAGCGACUCCACCGUGGAGGCAGACACCAACUCAGAACUCAUGUCUGGUUUACUUAAACAAUCCAAUCUGACACUGGAACUGUUCCCCAACCAUUCAGAGAACCUGGAAUCUGCCAAAAAGCUUAGUCCUUUGGUGAAGACAAAGAGGUCAUCAACUGGAAAGUCUUACCCCCAGCUGGGCCCUGAGACGAAGGUGUUUGUGGUGUGGGUGGAACGCUUCGAUGACAUUGAAAACUUCCCGUUGUCUGAUCUGUUGGCGGAAACCAGCACAGGCCUGGAGGCCAGCAUGAGCAACAGCACCUCCUGCAGGUCAGGGUUAGUAGAAAAAGAUGUUCCUCUGAUCUUCAUCCACCCUCUGAAGACCGGGCUCUUCAGGAUCCGCCUGCAUGGAGCUGUGGGUAAAUUCGGAAUGGUGAUUCCUCUUGUGGACGGCAUGGUGGUCAGCCGCAGAGCCCUCGGGUUUCUCGUGCGUCAGACUGUCAUCAACUUAUGCCGGCGGAAGCGCCUGGAAAGUGACUUGUACAACCCCCCUCACGUGAGGCGGAAACAGAAAAUAACGGAGAUCGUCCAGCGCUACCGCACCAAGCAGCUGGAGCCCGAGUUCUACACCUCGCUCUUCCAGGAGGUGGGGGAAGGAAAGCCUCACCUCUAACCCCCCUGUCCUAACACUGUCUCACGCACCAGGACACGGUCAACACGCAGAAUCUUUAUAUUUAUACUGUGCUAUUUUGUUAUAUAUAUGAAUACAUAUAUCAACACUGUUUGCCUUUGACUCUGAAAUCAAAACGUCAAACCCACGCCAAGAGGAAGAAGCUCCACUUGCGUUGCAGCUGCUCAGCUGAGGUCUGAUAGGCUCCGGGCGAAAAGGUCUCUUGGUUUUGGUCCAUGCUUCGUGGCAGAUGUUUCUGCUCGUCUUUCGAUGCACUGGGAGCGUCUUCUCUCUCUCUCUGGACUUGUAAAAAGGUUGUACUUUCUUGCCCGUACCGGCGGGGAGGAUUGAGAAUCCGUAACACACCGCUGAACUUCAGGAAGGGAUCCAGACAUCAUGGUUGAUUUGGCUGUAAAGGUUGGAUUUUAGCCAAAGAUUAAACCAUGCAAGCAUAAGGUUUGAACCCAGAGCUGACACCGAGCUAUAGUCUUCCUGUUCUAAGACAUCCAUUGACGCUCACUCAUCUCUCAGACCAGUCAUCAUCAUUUUCCCAUCAUUCUGUGUGAACGCUACACGGAGUGGGGGGGCUUUAAUCCCAUGGGGGAGGAGCUAAAGGCAGUUAUUAACAUGACUCCCCCAGCCUCAUUCAGAAAGACAACACAGUUAAAAGUUGCGUUCCUAAAGUUUGCACUUGAUGUUUGACCGACGAGCACGUUUUUCGUUUAAGGUUCCCAAACCUUGGCCAACAAGCAGAGCCAUAGCACACUUCUAUUGUCCUCCAGAGCAACACGAAGGAAGCUCCGGCCCAAAAUCUGCAGCCAAUAACAGGAUCGAACAAACCAGGAUCAGAGCUCAGACCUGUGAGAGUUUUUCCUGAGAAGAUGUAACUUCUCACGUCUCUGUGAGGUCUGAAAUCUGCAGGUUUGUUUUGGUUUCUUCACUGGUUCUGACUGUAACCGUCUCACUUUCUGCCUCUAAAAAUGUGAAUUUAUUUAUCACAAAGAUGAAACAGGGCAAACAUUCAUGCUAAAGUCUUAAUGCACUGAACACCCCCCCUCCCUGUCCUUUAGUUACUCGUCCUUUUGUACUGUUUUGCAUUUUUGGAAGAAAAUCCUGCUUAAGAAAGAGUUUUAUCUUGUGAAAUAUGAAUGAAGAGGCGGCGUUGUGGAGUUUUUAACCUGCGGUGUGUAAGUGUGACUCACUUUUUACGACAGUGCUGUAUGCACAUGCCUUUUUUGGAAGGAAAUUAAAUGAAAAACGCUUCAAACAACACACAAAGUCCCACAUGUACCCUGUUACUCCUAUUUGAUCGUAUUUAAGGACUUGCCAUGUACAGAAGUGGAUGAUGUGUACAUAUGUGAUGAUGUUUGGCAUUUAAAAGUUGUCUGUUGCAUUCCUCAUCCGAGCAGAAAAUGUAUGUAUGCCAUUUUGUGUGGGGAGGAAUGCAAUACUGAAUGUAAAAUGCAUCAAUUAAAACUAUUAUUGACAUUUUAA